UUACAAUGUUACGUUUGUGAUAUAUCUAAAUAGCGAUAAGACCGGAUAAAGUUAUGAAACAUUUUUGUAGUCACGGUAUUCAACUUACAAUUAGCGUUGACUUCGUACUGACCUUGGUGUGAAUAGCGAUUGGCUUAUGAAACGUCAGCCGAUGUCGAAGACCACUGGAAUGAAUGUUCACUCUUGAUCACUCUUGAUCUUCCUGGCGAAGGAGUUUGACCACUUGUUGCUUCUUCUUGGUAUCAAGCCAAAAGGGACAAAUUUAUUUACUGUUUUCGAAAAUCUGUUCAUUAAAAUGAGUAAACCAGUUGCAGACAUUGCCCUCAUUGGGCUGGCUGUUAUGGGCCAAAAUUUAAUUUUAAAUAUGAAUGAUCAUGGAUUCGUUGUCUGUGCCUACAACCGUACAACAGAGAAAGUUACAUCCUUUUUGAAAAAUGAAGCAAAAGGCACAAAAGUUGUUGGAGCUUAUUCAUUGAAAGAGAUGGUAGACAAAUUGAAGUCGCCAAGGAAAGUAAUGCUUUUGGUAAAAGCUGGCAGUGCAGUGGAUGCAUUCAUUGAACAACUGGUACCUUUAUUGUCACCUGGAGAUAUUAUCAUAGAUGGUGGAAAUUCUGAAUAUCAAGAUACCGAGAGACGAACCAAAGAUUUAGAGAAGAAAGGUAUCUUAUUUGUUGGCAGUGGAGUCAGUGGAGGUGAGGAAGGAGCUAGAUAUGGCCCAUCCUUAAUGCCAGGUGGAAAUCCAAAGGCUUGGCCACAUAUCAAGCCUAUUUUCCAG